AUGAAGCAUAAAAUUGGUAAUGGUAGAGGCACAUUUUUCUGGUGGGACAAUUGGGCUCCUAGAGGUCCUUUAAGCACUAGAUUCCCAAGCCACAUUCUCACAGAUAGAGGGUUCAACAUUGAUAUCAAAGUGGACAACUUUAUUUUCAACUCAACUUGGUCCUUCCCACACUGCAUUGUAUCUGCAAUCCCAGAACUCCUCUCUUUGUCAUCACCAAAUUCAGCAAGGAAUGAUAAAAUGGUUUGGAUAGCUUCACCUUCAGGGACUUACACCCUCAAGUCCACUUCAGCCUUUUUAAUAGGUCAACAACCAAGAGUCCCUAGGCAAAAUCUAGUUUGGGAAAGUCCAGUGAUCCCUCGCAUGAAGUUCAACCUAUGGCUCGCAGUUCAGUCCAAGCUUCCCACAUUGGAUAGCAAAUCUAUUGCUCAACAUGAGAACAUCUGUGUCUUCUAUCGUGCCCAACCACAAACACAUGACCAUUUAUUCUUCAAGUGCUGUUUUGUCUCACCACUAUGGAGAUUCAUCAAGCAAAGAGGUCACUUCUACUCUUCAAUUACAAACUGGGAUGACCUAAUCCAAUAUACUAGCAAUCAAUGGAAGAAGAACACUGCUUCUAAUUUGAUUCGCAAGAUUUGUUUCUUCUCAAUUGUCUACCAUACAUGGGAGACGCAAUGA